AUGAAAGUCAACUGCCUCUUGGCUUUAGUUUCGCAGGCCUGGGCGACCUCCUCCCUGCAGAAACGCUAUCCGACCGGAUCGUUCUCCCUUCUUGCCUACGGGGUCAUGUCUGAGCCGAUCAACGUGUUUUAUUCCGAUGGACUCGCCUAUGCCGGCGACUCUUCUCAGUGGGUGUCGGGAUCGGUAACGACCGACGUGACAUUCGUCUUCAACAACUCCCGAAUAUUCGCAACGGCGACAAACAAGGAUUACACCUUCGACGAGGACACGUUAUUUUACAUCCGCCCCAAGUCGGGCAAGGUGCUACCGGUGGGAUUUACUGGGAACGAAGUCGAGACUCCUGGUGAUGCAGCAGUAGAUCAGUUUCUCUUUUAUGGCCAAUAUCUCAUGUGGCAAGAGCCGGGUGGGCUCUUGAGCGAUUCCUUCCGUCUGAAGGAGACAGACGUUGGCGAUAUCUACCAGCUCUACUGGGAUACUUCGAACCUUUAUCCCCCGGGCUUCUUAAUUCCAACAGUGAGGUCGUCUAUCUAA